AUGGUGUGCAUCAGCCUGGACUUAGAGAAGCGGAAGGCUGAGGCAGUGCAGUGUGUCCACCCGGGGCAUGAGGAGUGUUGUGGGACCAGCAGUGGUAGCAGUGUGGAAGUGCUGCUGUUCACACUGCAGUCGGAAAUUAUUGGACAGCCUGCGAAGAGUAAGCGUCCAAAAGAACCUGGGGAAAACAAAAUUAAGCCUGUUAACAAAAAAGUAAGACCCAAACCCCCCAAAAUGAAGGAGAGAGAAUCUGCUGACUCCUCUUUGAAGGCCCAGUCCAUACUGACACAGGUGAUGGAUAAAGGCCGUUUCCAGAAACUUGCUGCCACUUUAAGCCUGUCUGCAGGACAAAGCAUAGAACUGCGAUGUAAAGGGAGUAAUGUUACUUGGAACUAUCCUUCAUACUUAGACACCUUUAAAGACUCGAGACUCAGCAUAAAGCAGCUUGACAGGUACGGUCAGCUGAUCCUCGCAAACGCCACGGCAGCAGACACAGGUGAAUAUGGCUGCUGGCUUCAGCUGUGCAACGGUGACAAAUGCAGGAAGGAUGAGACUAAAACGGGUUCCACAUAUAUAUUUUUCACAGAUAAAGAGGAACUUUUUGUGCCUACUCCCAGUUACUUUGAGAUUGUCUACCUGAACCCAGACAGACCUGCAGUCAUCCCAUGCCGUGUUACUACUCCUUCAGCAAAAGUAACGCUACAUAGGGAAUUUCCAGCGGAAGAAAUUGAAACAGAUGGAACCGAUAUAAUUUAUGAUGUGAAGAAGGGUUUUGUUUACCAGCAUCCUACUUCUGAUCAUAAAGGUAUUGUCUACUGCAAAGCAGAGUCACAGGGAGCACCUCAGAUUUCUAUCAAGUAUCACCUGCUGUAUGUGGAAGUUCCCAAGGGUCCACCCUCGACCACAAUUGCGGCAUCAUCCAGUAGAGCAGAAGUCAGUGACAGUGUUCACGUUGUCUGCACAGUCCUUGGGGAGCCAGACGUGGAUGUGAACUUCAGGUGGCAGUACCCAGGGCAAGAGGUAAGAGAUGGGCGCCCCACCUGA